GAAACCGCGACGGAGUGAAAUAAGAGCUGCACGUCACGCGUCGCGUCGGUGUUUCGCUGUAAUCAGUUUAAACGCUGUUGUUUGUCAUACACUGAGACGCUCUGUAAAAUCUCCAGACACCUGUUUCCGUCGCGAGCGCCAUGUCUUGCGCCACUGACUAUGACGCUCAGUUCACGUCGCGUUUCUCCGCGGAGGACGCGGAGUUCCAGCGCUACCGGGAGCGCUCACCGGACACGCCGCCCGUGCUCGAGGACUGGAGAGCGCGCAGAGACCGGCGGGCUCCGGAGCACCGGCAGCACGAGCAUCGCUUCCCCGAGCGCCGCCAUGACCGGAACUCCGGCGCUUACCGCCAGCGAUCCCGAUACUGACAGAACCAGACCUCCAGCGAUGCUCGCCUGAUCAAUUCUGCUUUUAGUGGAGUUACACUGGCUUCUGUGUAAAUAAAGCAGUUCCGUGAUCUCCUGUGUGUGUGUGUGUGUGUGUGUGUGUGUGUGUGUGAGAGAGACUCUGAAACAGCAGAAGGUGAAUGCUAAGCUGUAUUAGUUCAGAUGUGUUAUCUAGCCUAGUUUCCUCUACACUUGCUCCAGUCAUAACAGGACUCUGAUGAUGUUAAAUGUGAUGAAUGGUUCAGUAACUGCUCAAGCGGAUCACUUCAUUGGGCCCGAGACCUCCGGAAGCUCAGUACAGACUGGACCAGUGCACACAUUAUAGUCUGCUUCACACCAGGCAUUAACUACACAACAGAAUCAGUGUAAAUCAACAAAUCACAAUAAAGGAUGAGGUUGGUGGACAAACAUUGUGUCGCUGUCUGCAAACGGAAACAUGGUCUGAAAACA